AGGAUUAACUAACUUGCUAGGAUUAACUAGUAAAACGCAAAAAUAAAUUGUGCCAAAAACUGAUGUGGAAUAUAUUUGUGUCAUUCUUUUUGACCAUCCCUAAUUUAUCAGCAUCCACGUUUCCAGUGCGUCUCUGAAUGUUCUGAACUCCCGCUUCGACUGCAAGCUUCUGUUGUUGUGGUUGUUCUACGCGGCUACGUUAGUGGAGCAUCAUCAUGAGGAGGGGCACAAGAAAAAAAAGAGGGUGCACGGGUCAGCCAUACAAGAAGAAGGUGGGUGGGUGCGGGGGGGUUCAGACCCGUGAUCGUAAAAUGGGAAGGGGUUAAAAAAAUCGAAGCGAGUGUAGAAACAGGAUUGGUUUGCCUGUGAAAAUGCGACACUCGUACCUGCCGCCGCUGAAAGAGCGACAGCCUCGAAGAGCCGCGGGCGUUGCGAUGCUAAUGUUGUCGGGGGCUUUGACUUCUCCCAGCCAUUGCGAGCGAGCUGCUCCGCCUGACAGCCACGCUCUCCCCGCGCGUCCUCCUCCUCGCAUUCGAGCGGACGGAAAAGACGCGAACGGACGAAAGAAGACAACCAAUCAAACCUCGCGACUGCAAACAAAACGGCAGAACAAAAAAUGGACGAGACGGAUAUCAUGGACCUGACGCAUCAGAAGGCGAGGAAGCGGCCGCGGCCAAUCACCUCCGCGGACGAGGCGGCGGCGCACGCUCCACUUAAACGAGCGCCGAUGCGGGCGGCCGAGUGUCGGGAGACGUCGCUUAUGUACGCCGUGCGCGGGGAGCCGCUGCCCGCCGCCUCGUUAAAGCAAAAUGACCACUCGGUGCCCUCCUCGCCCACCAGCGUCAUGCCGGCGCAGGACAAUCGCUCCAGCAUGUCCCGGCCCAUGAUCACACGUUCGCCGGUGUCUCCGUUGAGCAACCAGGGCAUCCCCACACCGGCACAGCUCACCAAGUCCAAUGCUCCGGUGCACAUCGACGUGGGCGGACACAUGUACACCAGCAGCCUGGCCACACUCACCAAAUUCCCUGAAUCCCGAAUCGGCCGCCUCUUUGAUGGCACUGAGCCCAUAGUGCUGGACAGCCUGAAGCAGCACUACUUCAUUGACAGGGACGGACACAUGUUCCGCUACAUCCUCAACUUCCUCAGGACGUCCAAGCUGCUCAUCCCAGACGACUUCAAAGACUACAGCCUGCUGUACGAGGAGGCCAGAUACUUCCAGCUGCAGCCCAUGCUGUCCGAGCUGGAGCACUGGCGCCAGGACCAGGAACUGGGUCGGGUGUCACGCCCCUGCGAGUGCGUGGUGGUGCGCGUGGCGCCCGACCUCGGCGAGAGGAUCACGCUGAGCGGCGACAAGGCGCUGAUCGAGGACGUCUUUCCCGAGAUCGGCGACGUCAUGUGCAACUCGGUCAACGCCGGCUGGAACCACGACUCCACACACGUCAUCCGUUUCCCGCUCAACGGGUACUGCCACCUCAACUCUGUGCAGGUUCUGGAGCGCCUGCAGCAGCGAGGGUUCGAGAUCGCCGGCUCCUGCGGCGGCGGCGUGGACUCGUCCCAGUUCAGCGAGUACGUUCUGCGGCGGGAACUGAGGAGGACGGCUCAGCGAGGAGGACCAAAUUCCAACAGGAUAAAGCAAGAGCAGCUAGACUAAAGACUCUGCUGGACUUUUCCAUGCAUUGGACUCCUCACAUUUUCUCCACUUGUGUUAUUUUGUUGAUGUUUUUGUUUUCUUAUAAAAUCAUCCAGAGAAUUAAAUAAAACAGAAAAAGAGAUGCAUCUGCUGUGGGAAGAUUUGCGACAUCUGAAUUAGAGAUUGCGAGGACAUUUGUGAUUGUCUCACCCCAUAAAACACGACUGAGAAAGAUUUAUAUAUGUUGUAUCCCUAAAUAAAGUUUGUUUUAAAACUUUAA